UUGAGUUGGUUGAUUUUGUUCUGGAGCCUGAUGACCUUCCUCAGAGGGGUCUCUUCCCUCUCAGCUGACUGCAGCCUGGACUGCCAGAGCCACUGCCUCAUAGACUGCAGGCCUGGAUAUUAUUACACAGCUGGCAACUGCCUGGAGUGCCCAGUAGGCUUCUACUGCCCUGGAGGCCGAGCAGCUCCAAGGAAAUGCCCCCUGGGAACUGCCAAUGAACUGACUGCUCAGGGAAACCUCUCAGCCUGCCAGGUUUGCCCCUACGGCCACCUGAGCCUGGAGAGCAGGGCUGGCUGCCGGCCGUGUCCCCAGGGCUUCUCCUGUGACCCCAGCACGGGCUCCCAGAGGAGCUGCCAGCCGGGCCAGCACUCGCCCGAGGGCCAGCUGGGCUGCAGGGAGUGCCCCGAGGGCCACGCCUGCCCCGACGGACACAGCGCUCAGCACUGUUCAGCAGAUCAGCAGCCUAACCCCAGUCGCACCCUCUGUGUCUCCUGCACUCCUGCUUCCCUCUCAGCUGAAGACACCAGGCCCUGCCAGCCCUGCCCAGCAGGUCACUUCUGUCCUGAUGGCCUCCAGGUCCCUCCAUGCCCAGCUGGGAGCUUCAAGCCCAAGGAGGGAGAUCCCAGAGCCAGCAACAGCUCCUUGUGCUUGCCAGGAGCUGGCUUGUGUUUGAAGUGCCCUGUUGGGUAUUUCUGCCCUGCUGGAGCCAGUUUCCCAGUGCCUUGCCAGCCAGGGACACACAACCCUCUGCCAGGGCAGGAUGAGGCUGCAGACUGCAGAGCCUGCCCAGCAGGGAGGGCUUGCACCCAGCCUGGCCUGGCCCAGCCUGACACAGAGUGCUCAGCAGGGUACGUGUGUCCCACGGGCUCUGCCAGCCCCCAUGCCCCCAGCAAUGCCUGCCCUCCAGGAACUGUUGGCAACCACCUGGACCUCUUUGACAAGUCCCAGUGUGAGCCCUGCCCUGCAGGAUUUGUCUGUGCCAGAGGAACUGGGGGGCAGCAGAAACCUCCCAGCCCGUGCCCAGUUGGUCACUACUGCCCAGCUGGCACCAAGCCCCCGGCCCAGCUCAGGUGUGCCCAGGGCACCUGGAGCAACAGGAGCAGCCUGGCAUCAGCACAGCAGUGCUCUCCCUGCCCCCUGGGCUGGUUCUGUGUGCCUGGAGCCCGAGUCCCCACUGGGAGAUGCAGCUCAGGGCACUACUGCCCUCAAGGCAGCUGGAGAAGCACACAGUUCCCCUGCCCUGCAGGAACCUACAGCAGCAGGCUGGGCAGGGGCAGGGUGCAGGAUUGCUCUGCCUGCCCUGCAGGAGCCUUCUGCCCCUCUGGCACCUCCAAACCAGUGCUGUGCCCACUGUGAGUGCAGGCUAAUGCUGGGGCUGUGCAGGUACAAGGGGAAUGUCUGAUUGUGGCAUCUCAUGGCUCUUCUGGUUUUGAUUACUGGGUGGUCCAGGCAAGUUUUGGCAGAAUUUUGUGGAUUUUGCUGCAGAAAGAGCUCAUUUACUCUAAUCAGAGCACCAGGAAUUCAGGAUGGAGGUGCAGUGCUGAUGCCUUAGGAUUUCAGCUUUUCUAUUUUCCAUCUAUUUGUAACCCUGCAGUUCUUUAGUGUAGAACUCCAAACUCCAUAUCCAGUGGGAGCUGCUGCUCUCCCAUUUUGGGCAGACACAACAAUUCCUCUCCAGGCCUGGCAAUCAAGGACACUUCACUGCCUCAGGCCUGAGAGAUGGAAACAAAAGUGAGUUGGGGGAGCAAACUUGGGGUAAAUGACUUCAUUACCUGAAGCUGUAAUUGGAA